AUUUGUGGAUGUAGAAUUUUGCAAGAAUUAAAAUGAGAUUAAUUAAAAAAUAGUCUUUGUCAGCUGGAACAUCAUUUUUCCGACAAUGGCUUCAUGCGGUCAGCAGGGACGCGCAUUCCACGUAGUUUAGAGUUCAGUGGCCGGGCAGAGGAAGUUCUGGUGAUUGGCGUGACGGCGGUGCCGAAGGCUCCGGAUGUGACGUAACCGCACUGCAUUGUAGGCUUGGAGGGAAACAGGAAGGUUUGUUGAUGCCGGAUGCAAGCUCGACGCUGCCCUUGUGUGUUUUUGUUGUUUUGUUGUAACAAGUGAAAAACAUGGCGCAAACGUGUUGUGUUAUCAACUGCCACAAUCGUUCACGCGAUCGCUUCGGGAAUAAAAAGGAUGGGGGGAGAUUUUUCUCAUUUCCGACGUGGAAGCAAAGCCAAGGAGCUGUGAUCUGUGAGCUAACAAAGAGACGCCGAAUGGCCUGGAUAGCAGCCGUGAGACGACCAAACAUCACUUUCAACGCCAUCACCCGACACAUGUUGGUGUGUUCACGGCAUUUUCACACUGGGAGACCUGCUAAUGAAAUGGAUGAAAGCCAUCCAGACUGGGCACCCUCAUUACAUCUCGGACACACGGAGGUGAAAGCUGCAGAUAACGAGAGACUACAGAUAACAUUGCACGAGGAGGAACUUUCUCCAACAAGAGAGGAGAACGAGCGACUACGACAACAACUGGAAGAUGUUUGCAAGACUCAAGUUGUGCUGUACGUUGAAGACACCCAGCAGCUGAUAGGUUGCCAAGAACAAUGUCCCCCCCAGCCACAGGGGGGGAGCUUCACUUGGGCGCAGGGAGAGCCAACGCCUGUUAAAGACGAGGAGCCACAGCCUCCUCACAUUAAAGAGGAAGAAGGGGAGCCAGAACCCACAAACAUUAAAGAGGAAGAGGAGGAACCACAGCCCCCCUAUGUUAAAGAGGAAGAGGAAGAACUGUCGAUCACUCAGGAGGGAGAGUCUGAUCUCGUACCUGAGUCCUGUCAGCUUCAUCAUAGUCCAAGUGAGGAGACGAGAGAGGCGGAGCCUUCAAGCAGCAGCUCAACACAACACAUGACAACAGAAGCUGAUGGAGACCACUGUGGAGGAUCACAAGCAGACAACCUCUUAGCUCCACUGUCAGACAGCGUCAACGCAACGUCUCACUUUCCUGGAGAUGAUUACAGGGACUACAACCAAGAAUCUUUGAGCAGCGAUACAGACUGUGAAGAUGAUAUGACGACUCACACUGACGACAAACACUCUGAAUGCUCUAAAAAGAAGCCAGGUAAAAAACCUUUUAACUGCUCGGUUUGUGUUAAAGGGUUUUCUUGUAGGAGUUAUUUGACUCGACACAUGAGAACGCACACAGGAGAAAAACCUUUUAGUUGCUCAGACUGCGGUAAAAGCUUCACUCAAAAGGCGCAUAUGGUAUCACACAUGAAAGCGCACACAGGAGAAAAACUUUUUAGUUGCUCAGACUGUGGUAAAAGCUUCACUCGAAAGGCACAUGUGAUGUCACAUGUGAAAACACACACAGGAGAAAAACUUUUUAUUUGCUCAGACUGUGGUAAGCGCUUUACUCGAAAGGCACAUAUGAGAUCACAUAUGAAAACUCACACAGGAGAAAAACCCUUUAGUUGCUCAGACUGUGGUAAACGCUUCACUCACAAAGUAAAUAUGGUAUCACACAUGAGAACGCACACGGGAGAAAAACCUUUUAGUUGUUCAGACUGUGGCCAAAGCUUCAGUCACAAAGUUAGUAUGAUAAAGCACAUGGCAACACACACAGGAAAAAAAACUGUUUCGUUGCUCACAUUGUGGUAAAAGCUGCACUCACAAAGUCGGUGGUAAAACACAUGGGAACACACAUGACAGAAACAUUAUACACUGUGUUCCAAAUUGUGCACCAGUUUUCAUCUCUUUCUUCCUACUACUACUUAUCCAGCCUCAUUUUUUGUCCGCUAACUUCUCAAUUUCUUAACCAAUUCAAACAAAUCCAACAUCAAAAUGUUCAGCUCACGCCAGACAAGUAUGCUAUCAAUUUAGACUUUUCGAAAUAUUCCCACAUUUAGUGUAAUUCCAUAUUUUCUGUGAAAAUUGUCCCAUUAAAAAAGGAUUGGGCAGUUUAAAUGGCGCCCUCAGAUGGUGGAAAAAUCAUUUGACAUUUUCCACUACUAGCUGUUUCAUUGAUAGCUUUAAUUUGUGAUUGCAACCAUCCUACUUAAAGCCAGCACUUGAUUAACAAUGACAGUACAUUGUUGUACCAGUCCACAGCGUACCCCACCUUUUGUUUCAGUUUUGCUUCAGCUCACUUGGGACAAGGUUGCUACCAAUUCCGACUUUUCUAAAUAUUAACAUUUUGUGUAACUUUAUAUUUUGGCCAAUGUAAAUGCCCAGUCAUUCUGGUGUUCCACAUUUUCCAUGGCUUGGUUAGCUUCCCCACCCAACAGCUGCUGGCUCAGUUCCCUGGUCGGCAUUCAUCAUGUUGUAUGAAAUUAUAUUACAUCAGAUGGAAGUCAUUUCUACAGCAUUUCGGUACAGCUUCAGCUUAGAUUCCAAACUAUUCUGACAUUCAUUCAACGUUUCAGCACAUUUCCACAGCAUUUCAGUCCAGCUUCAGCUUCCAAACCGCUGUUAUAUUCAUUCUACAUUUCGAUUUCCGUACCUUUUCAAAGCAUUUCAGUUUCGCUUCAGCUUCAGGAUUCACACGCAUUGUCUCCUGACAUUGCAUCAUCUAGUUAAGCAAAUGAUGUUUUUCUUUGAUUUUUACUAAAUAGUCAAUAUAAAUUACAGUCAUCACGCUUUAGAGUACAAUUUGAAUGUUGGACAAACCUCCCAAUGACAACGUUAUUUUUUUUCAAAAACAAAAACUUAAAAUGCACUGUUCCACAUUGUUAUGCACAAAAGUGUUUCAAAUCAUUUCGCUGGUUGUUAAGAAUCGAAAAUGGUCAUUUGCUGAAUUUGCAGCAUAAGGAGGUCAUAUUUACUGAAAGCAAACACUAUUUCAACCGCUAACAUUUUAAGAGCCCAAGUUACACAUUAACAUAAGAUAACGUCUUUGUUGUAACGUCACAAUUCUGACACUUUUUGGAGCGUUUCUGCUUGAAUUUCUUUGCACGAUGUCAGAAUAGCCUCCCACAGCUGCUGUUUUGUUGUCAUCUGCCGCCCACCCUCAUAGAUUUUUUGCUUUACAAAGCUCCAUAGGUUCUCAGUUGGGUUGAGAUCAGGGGGAAGAAGGGGGCUAAACCAUGACAUUCUCUCCUUUUACGUCCAUAAAAGCCAAUCACAGAGAGGUAUUCCUUGCAUCAUGAGAUGGUGCAUUGUCAUGCGUGAAGGUCAUUUUGCUACAAAAGGUAUGGUUCUUCAUAUUGUACCAUGGAAGAAAGUGGUCAGUCAGAAACUCUACAUACUUUGCUGAGGUCAUUUUCACACCUUCAAUGACCAUAAAGGGCCUACCAGCCUUCUCCCAAUGAUUCUGAUCCAAAACAUGACUCUGCCAACCUUGCUGACAUCACAGCCUUGUUGAGAUACGCUAGCCGUACUCUACUUCAUCUAUCCGGACCACCCAAGGUUGCACGGCCCUCAUCAGUAAACAGGAUUGUUUGAAAUUUAGUCUUCAUGUAUUUGCUGGCCAACUGCAACCGUUUCUGCUUGUGAGUAUUGGUUAGCGGUGGCCAAACAGUAGGUUUAUAUGAAUGACUGCAAGCCUACGGAGGAUCCUACACCUGGAGGUUCAUGGGACUUCAGAGGCAGCAGCAGCUACAAAUACCUGUUUGCUGCUUUGUAAAGGGCCUUUUAGCAGAUUCAAUAAUGAUUCGAAACCUUUCUCAUGAUGCCUUUAUCAGCACAAUCCCUGUGGCCAUCUGAAUCAGCCACAGAUUUCUUCACCGUCUGAAAGUUUUUGUGCAUUAUUGAAUGUUUUCAUGCCUUGUCCAAGGCAUUGCAGUAGUUGACGCUUUUUUGUCAGCAGAGAGAUAGAUCCUUUUUCUUUCACAUAUUGCUUGAAGUCUGUGGCAUGCUUAAAAUGUGGAACAUCAAUUUAAGUAGUUUUAUUUUACUUGGGCUCACCUGGGAAACUAAUGAUGACAGUUAUCCAUGAUUGAUAUCAGUAACCAACGAGCUCCCCACAAUGCCAUCCAUGAAUUUCAUUGAAAAACAAAAAAAUGUAUGUUUAUGAUAAUUAUGCCAUUUGCAUAAUUAUUUGGAACACAGUGUAGUUGCUCGAUUUAUGGUGACACAUUUCCUCUGCUGAAAUACCAUAGUCACAUGCAGAGUCACUGAUGUCUGUGGUUAGAGGUAUUUUAUUUAUUAUUCAUUUUAUUUAUUUUUAUUUUAUUUGACUGUAUACCGUAAUCACUAAAUGCUGUAAGUAGGCCUGUCACGAUUAUAAAUUAAUUAAUCACACGACAAAUAAAAAUGAAGUUGAUUUGCCUGCCUCUAUAUAUUGGCAUGUGCAUGUGCAUGUGUGUUUGUUUUCCUUUUGUCUCUCUGCCAAAUGGGCAGGAUGACAGGAGGGUUCACUCAGUGCAUCUGUCUCAACCUGGGCGCGUUGGUUCUAUAGCGGAACAAUCUAUUUCAUGACUAAUAUAUAUAUAUAUUAAUAAUCUCCAGCCCCCUAACAUUUAUUAUACGGAAAAUAACUUGUUUUAUGUGGAUUUUACA